AUGGCGAAACGCCAACGCUCUGAGGAGCGCGGCUGCCAAGGCACCACCAAGCGACUGGCGCCUGAGCGGAAGAAGCAUCUGUACCUGCUGCUUGACGACUGGGAGAGGGGCUACAGCAUCCGCAGGAUGGACGUCGACGACUUCAACUCUGACGACGACGCCGGCACCGACCUACCGCCGACGCGCUUCACGGAGCCGCCGGUCGCCCGCAUAGAAGCCGAGCACGAGCGCGACUGCGACUCGGUCGUCUCACACGGCACCAAGAUAUUCGCCAUGCAGCCGGGCGAAGCCAGCCCCGGCAUCCCGGCCUUCGACACGCGCACUCUGGCGCUGUCGCUCUUCGCGUUCAUGGACGUCGACGCUUUCUACCUCGGCGACCAACCGCCGUACGGCAGCAAGGCGCCGUGGUCCUGGACCGCCGUCGAGCCGCGGCCGCCGUUCUACGCCAGCCAGGUCAAGUGCUACGCGCUGCACCCGGACGGCCGCACCCUCUUCGUGUCCGCCGCGUCCCGGCGGAGCCACCGCUCCGGCACCUUCUCCCUGGACGCGGAGCGCCUCGAGUGGACACGCCGCGGCGACUGGCUGCUGCCGUUCGCUGGCCAGGCCUACUUCGACGCCGAUCUGGAAGCGUGGGUUGGCCUCUGCCGCGAGAGGGCCAACGCUGGCCGCCUCUGCUCCUGCGACGUCGUCGCGCCCGUCGCCGCUGGUGAGCUCGCUAGCCCGCCGUCCUGGAAGAUCGGCGAGGACAUGCUGUUCCGCGAGGAUUACUCGGAGCAGCUCCGUCUGGGUGCCAAGCUCGUUUACAUGGGCGGCCACAGCAAGUUCUGCCUCGUUGAGCUUCUCUUUCACAAGGACGACGAGCAUCUGGGCAGUGGUGAAGAUAAGAUCUGGCCGCCCCGGCCCCGGCCUCGACGCCGGCGUGUUCUUAAUCUGACCACGUUCGGUGUCAAGUACAAUAAGGAGGGACAGCUGCGGACUAGCAUGCUGCAACGAGGUCGCGCGUGUAAGAUGUACAAGCGACCUUGCGAUUCUGGAGGAUCAUCGAAUACUAUGGCAUUCUGGCUCUGA